UAGAAAAAUCUACGCAACGUAUUUUUGAUGAUGAAGAGUAUGAAAGAAUUGGUUGUACACUAGUUCAAUCUGGAACUUGGAAAGCAGCUCCAUCCGACGCUUACAUUAUAGGUUUAAAGGAAUUACCAGAAAAUGACGACUCACCUCUUUCUCAUACACAUAUUUAUUUUGCACAUUGUUAUAAGAAUCAAUCUGGUUGGCAAAAUAUUCUAAAAAGGUUUAUCAAUGGCAAAGGAUUGCUUCUUGAUUUAGAGUUUUUAAAUGAUGAAAAAGGUCGUCGUGUUGCUGCAUUUGGUUAUCAUGCGGGGUUUGCUGGAGCAGCUAUUGGACUAGAU